AUGAAUCCUAUAGUUCACCCAGCAGAGGCUGUUCCAUUACAGGGAAGGUAUGAUGGGCAGUUUGGGCAGUUUGGACAGCUUGGACAGCCUGGACAGCCUGGAGGACCUACAUUGGUUCAGUACGCCACUGUGAACAUGACCACUGAGUCCCCCAAGGACCACAUCAUCUGGUCCCUCUGCUGCUUUUUGUACUUAAACCCCUUCUGCCUCGGACUGGCGGCUCUCAUCUUUUCUAUCAAGGCCAGGGACCGGAAGGUGGUUGGAGAUCUGGAUGGUGCCCAAUACUAUGGCUCAACUGCCCGCUGUCUCAACAUCUGGGCCACAAUCCUGGGUGCCAUCAUAAUGCUUAUUUCCAUUAUUACAAUGACUGUCAUUGCUGUAAAGAUACAUCAGAUGUUCAGUUCAAACAGCCCAUACAAUCCCAGUUACAAUGACAAUUACAGAGGCUAAAUUUCAAUAGUGUUCAAUGAGUGGCCUGCUGCUGUGGCUUGGUGGUACUUGUAUUUUUCUACUUUGUGCUCAUGGCACAAUUUGUCACUUUUUAUACCUUUUUAGUAAUAUCCUCAAUUGAAACAGAUUCGCACUUGGAUAGAAACGUAGGCCUAUCUCACCAGAUUUAAUGAUGUCAAUAGUCACAUCAGAUUGGUCACUUUAUCUGCUUACUACCAUCUAAAAUAUAUUUCUGUAAUCAGAGGAGCACUAUUCAAGCAAGACUUAGAUAAGCUUACACACAACUUUAUUUCCAGUAGAUUGGAUUACUGCAAUGGUCUGUUCACAGGGCUUUCAAAAGAGGCUCUUCAGCAACUCCAACAUAUUCAGAACGC